AUGCGCUGCACAACCAGUUUCGUGCCUAGUUGUAUUGUACAUGUAGAAUCAGCAGCAGCGCGACUACAGUCGUGUACCCUGGGUUGGUGUUGUUGUUGUAUUGAAAAAAAAAAAGGGGUAUAUAUAUAUAAUAAUGGGGGGGGGGGGGGGGGGGGGGGGGGGGGGGGGGGGGGGGGGGGGGGGGGGGGGGGGGGGGAAAUGGGGGGGGGGGGGGGGGGGGGGGGGGGGGGGGGGGGGGGGGGGGGGGGGAUAUAUUGGGGGGGGGGGGGGUAUGUGUUGGGGGGGGGGGGGGUUUUUGGGGGGGGGGUUGUUGGGGGGGGGGGUUUUUAUGGGGAUUGGUAG